UGUGCUCUCUCUCUCUCUUAUUCUCUCUCUCAAAAAAAAAAAAAAAAGUCCAUGUUGACAAGAACUAGAAAGGAAUAUGAAAACAGUUGUUAAAGGUCGAAAGGGAAUUAAAGUUUCUUCAAUGCUUUAUCAUUUCUUAAAAAAUGUUCCUAGAUGGAAUAAAUAAAAUAUACACGCAGUGGGUGUUAAGUGGCUUUUGAUCCCAUUGUUUCAAAGUCUUAUAGGGGGUUGUUUCUACCUCUGCAAAAAAGAGUUAGCACUUCAGGCCUGGUUAUAAUUCUGUCAGUGCUGAAUUUGCUAGGGGUUUGAGUAAAUUUGCAAUGAGAAAAAAAGGGGAAGUUUUAAAAAAUGACUUUGCAUUUUGUGACUUUUAUAUCUGGAAAUAUAAAAUUGAUUUAAAAUGUUAUAUAGUUGUCAUUUCAUAAAUGCUAGAGGGAUCAUCCCAAUCAAAGAGAGAUGCAAAAAAAAUUAAAUCAAGAAGGUGUUGGUGGGAUACAGCUUCCUCUGUUUUGCUACCAGUGGGUGUGCUGGAGUUUAAAUUCUUUGAGUAUUGGACCAGAACAAGUCUUCAGGACUGAUUUUGCUGAUUUAUGUCUGUUGGAACCUCUGGAAGGUGAGACAACAUGAAAAGAGAGACAAUUUCUGGAUGACAAUGCACAUUUGGAAUUGGAAAAAGCAGUUAAAUUGCCAGUGAGCCCUAGUCGAAAUCAAAUGUCUGACGCAUAGAGGCCGAUGACUGGCCAACCUGAUGCGCAUGGUUUUGAGCCAGUCAGUUCGGACUCUAAGACUGACAGCAGGAAGAGGAAGCCUUGCUCAUCACUUGGACCUGGACCAUGGCUGUCUGGUACUGCAGUAUGUCUUUCUGCAACAAGCCAGAGAGAAGCAGCUGGUUCUCUUGGAAUCCCAGAUCCCCUGAUUCUUCUUGUCUGGAUGUGACGAAGCUGAGAACUGCUACAGGCCUCAGGGAGCUGUUUCAGUCCCAGCAGGAGCCAUGCUGACCUGGAAGCAGACGCAGGCUCCAUGAAAAGGACUCAGACCUUGCGACCACUGGAGAUUUAGGACCCCUUCUGUGGAGCUCUAAAGGAUGAAGACCUCCAUCAUGGAUGCUGGCUGGACCAUCAGACCACACACACGCCCACAGAAGAGGCCUCGUUCUCUUACGAGACCCUCUAAGAUCAAGUUGCUGGUCAGCUCUUCAUCGCUAACCUGGAGGCUACCCGCACCCUAAUUGUGAUCCCUGCCAACAGCUGCACAUUUGGGGACGGCACAUCACAGGGACUGUGACCUCUCCCCCUGCUGUUGACAGAUCAGACUUUGGCCUUCUUGAUGGGGAUGUCUCACUGCUGCUGACUUGUGUUCAGCUUUCUAGAUUAGUUGCAACUCACCACAAUGGGCUGAUAGUCUCUACUUCUUACUCCACCCCCCUCCAUCCACACUUAGUAAGGUUCAUUAUCUGAAUAGAGCUGUCUCCAGAGAGGGAUUGAUCGAGGCUGUUCACUGGAUAAAAGGAGUGCGAGGUUCUGUAAACCCAUUUUGAAAUUUUUUGAAAAUUCAGGCUUUCAUCCUCAUUAGUCGGCUAGGGCUGCCAUCACAAAAUGCCUUAGACUGGGGGGCUUAAAUAAUAGAAAUGUAUGUUCUCACAGUUCCGGAGGCCAGAAGUCCAAGACCAACGUGUCAGCAGGUUUGAUUUCUCUUGAGUCGUCUCUUCUUGGCUUGCAGGUGGCCACCCUCCCAUGUGUUCUGCCGUAGUCGCCUCUCGGUCUUGUGUCCUCAUCUUCUCUUCUUACAAGGACACCAGUCAGAUCAGGUGAGGGCCCACCCUAGUGAGUCCAUUUUAAUUGAAUCACCUCUUUGAAAGCCCUGUCUCCCAAUAUAGUCACAUUCUGAGGUACUGGGGGUGAGGGUUUCAGCACAGGAAUGGUGGGGGGGCGGUUAGGGAUACAGUUCAACCUACAUCCUGACCAAUUCCCGAAUUUGUCUUUCUGGUUAAGUGAGAUAAAAAUGUUUACCUGCAAAAAUGCAUUUGUGCCUUCUGCAUACAGCCCUUGCAGAUAAAAGGCCUGGAGGAGAAGAGGUGAUUGAAAGAAUGUUGUUGGGUUGCUGAACGUCGGGGCCCGAAGAUUUUGUAACAGUGGAGAAAAGUACUGGCACCUGGGGAGCCUUUGGCAAGUGGGUGGGGGGCAUUUAUGACCUUGGUUCUUCAGAACUCUAUCAGGAAGCUUUCUGCUCUUCCUGACAGAAGACUCCAGAGCUGCCUUUCCAUGCACUGGAGCGCUUUGAGCUCAGACUGCUGAGCCUGUGCUUACAGCUCGCAGCACUGCCUGACAACAGAGGGGCUGGGCUCCUGCACUUCCCACACAGAACGCACACUCACGAGAUGCAUACACCUGUAUCAUAGACAAGCAGAACCAAGGGCUGGUUGGAUCUUUCAGACUGAAUUGGAAACUCCAGGGCAGGAGGCCACGUGGCAGGAGGCUAACAUUGGGGGUCCUGUUAACCUCCACCACCUAACAUAUGCCCUGCUUGAGGUACCCUAACAUUGCAAACUCGUUUCCAGGGGGACCAUGUACCCUCUGGGAGUCUACUUCUGUCUCUGUGCCCUCUCGCCACACUGCCUUAGCCCUGGAAGGCUUCAGAUCAGCUUGAACUUGCUGGCCACAGCCUUGCUGUACCUGAAUUGGUAUCUCGGGCCAGGUAAAAAUGAAUCAUACAGAAGUUUAGUGAGGGAGCCACUUGACUUUCUAAGAUAGACUGUUGUUUUUAUUUAAUUGAGGUAUAGUUGACAUAUACCAUAUCUAAAAUAUUAGAUUAUUUUAAUGGGAUUAUUAUGGGUUAUUGGGAUUUAUUUUAACUGGCUAAAUGUAGGACCUCUAAGGAGCAUAACUGAGAUCAGUACUGCAGGUUGGUCUCAUCCUUUUGCAUGGGGUCCUACUGAUAAUAAACUUGCUGUAUAGAAGCCUGAGCCAACGGCCAAGGUGGGGGCCAGUGCAGAAGAGAGUUAACAGAGUAGGCCUGAGACUGCUGUCCUUGUUUGCAAUGCUGACUCUUGGCUGACAUCUGGGUAAUUGGAUUUCGGGAGGAUUCUCAACAUUCCCUAAAUGAUAAGAGCGGCUCACUCUGCCUAAACUGUGCAAACAAUAUGGUUUAUGCUGAAUACCUGCUUUCCUUCCAGGAAUCCAGAAUUUGGGUAUGUGCUAGGCAGAGGGUGCCUACUUGACCGGCCCCCAGUAAAAGCCCUGGAUGCUGAGUCUCUAAGGAGCUUCCCUGGCAAAUAACAUUUCACGCUUGUUAUCAUAACCCACUGCUGGAGGAAUUGUGUCAUGUGUAACUCCACUGGGAGAGGGCUCUGAGAAGCCUGUGUCUGGUUUCCUCUGCACUUUGUUCUAUGCACCUUUUCCCUUUGCUGAUUUUGCUUGGUAGCCUGUCGCUGUAAUAAAUUAUAGCCUGCUGACAGUAAGACUAUAUGCUGAGUCCUGUGAGUCUCCUAACAAGUUGUCAAACUGCGGAGUAGUUUUGGGGACUCCCAAGACAGGGCACAUGGGGGACUUUUGGGGUGUUGGUAGUGUUCUUUUCCUCAAUUUGGGUGUUGUUUAUGUGAGGUGGGUUCAAGUUAUGAAAAUUCAUUGAGCUGUACAGUUAUGUAAACAUUUUCUCUACGUAUCUUAAACUUCAAUAGGAAGAUUACACACCACAAGGAUAAAAAAUAAUAGCAAGUUAAUUUAAAAAAAAAACUUCCUUUUAUUCAGCAAACAUUUCAGUUACUCCUUUUUACUAGGCAUUGCUCUGGGAGCUUGGGACAUGGGCUAGGAAAGACAUCAUCACCUCUCAGUUUAUCAGGAGGCAGGUGAAGGGAUACUUACCAUAUGGUUGAUACUUGCUGGGCUCUAUCCGAGACAUCAUAGGGUACAGGGGGGAACAGAGAAAGGGCUUCUAACUCGGGCAUUUUGCUGUUCUAGGUCUGCCACUCACGUACUUUGGGAAAUCAGGCAAAUGGGCUUAGGGAGAUAGCUGGGAACUAUCGCAAACUGGGAAAGUAUGUGGCAUAGAGUUGUGGAACCUUCUAGUUUUUGUUUGUUAGGAAAAAACACCAAGCUGAAGUUUUAUUUAAGCUCUCUUGAUUUUUAAGUGCUGUAAAGGAAUCCAAAUUUUCAGAAGUGGGAGGCCAAACAAAAUACACCCGUGCAAGGUGUUUGGCUGUGGCCUACCAGUUUGCUGGGCAUUCUGCCAACCAGCCAUCCUUCCUCUCACCAGUGACUUGGGGGUCCACUCUUUUAGACCCUGGGAAAUACAGCAGUGAGCAAGCCGGACAGACAACUUUCUUGAAUAGUGGGGGGGGGGCCUGGUACUGUGAGCCUCAAACAGCAGUAUGUGUGGGAAUCACCUGGCAGUCACAUUGAAAGGCAGAUUCCUGAAUCAGGAGGUCUGGGGUAAGGCCUGAAAUUUUCUUUCUAACAAGUUCCCAGGUGAUGGUAAUGCUGGUGGUCCCUGAACCAUAUGUGCUUUGAAUGGAGUUUGCUGUAUAUUCCGGAGGGGCUUAGGAGCAGCUGUUAUUCUGAAAGUAGGGGCCUUGCCAUGAAAGUGCAUCUGCCUGGCAAGCUCCGUGUUUUUACUUGGGUUUUAGCUUACUGGGGUAUCUCGGAAGAGAGCUGAGGACAUCGGAGGCGGCUGCCUAAAGCUGCCCUGCCAGGUCUCUAUUCUCAAGAGUUUAUAGUCUAGAAGGCGGGGUGGGGGUGGGGAUGGAGGAAGGUAUUAGGAAAAGCUUCCUGGAGGAGGUGCAUGGGAACUGCAGGAACUUCCCCGGCCGCGGAGAAAGGGGGAAACCCUGAACUCCCCCCUCUCCUUGGGCCGGGUCUCGGCAUCCCCACGCCGGGUACGGUUUCCCAGGCAUCCCACGUGUCUGCUGUGCGCGAGUCCCUGUCAAUCAAGUCUCCCCCGGCCCAGGACAGGGUACGGGUUUAAAGGAGGCGGCGGUGCCGAGCGCUCCCAUCGUGCCGCGCGGCGGGCGGGUUUGGAUUUUAAAUCCCCGCGGCCAAUCAGUGGCGCGCAGGCUCUUGUAACGUUCCCGGCGCCGCGUUUGAAUUCGAGGAGGAGCGAAGCGGUGCCAAACCUCUGCUCAGACCCUGCUAGGUCCGCGGAGCAACUCCGGGAACAUGAGUGCGGCGGCAACUGUAGGGAAGCUGGCGCGGGCACCAGCCGACCCAGGGAAAGCCGGGGGCCCCGGAGUUGCAGCUCCCGGGGCCCCGGCAGCCGCUCCGCCGGCGAAAGAGAUCCCGGAGGUCCUAGUGGACCCGCGCAGCCGGCGACGCUACCUGCGGGGACGCUUUCUGGGGAAGGGCGGCUUUGCUAAGUGCUUCGAGAUCUCGGACGCUGACACUAAGGAGGUGUUCGCUGGCAAGAUCGUGCCUAAAUCGCUGCUGCUCAAGCCGCACCAGAAGGAGAAGAUGUCCAUGGAGAUAUCCAUUCACCGCAGCCUCGCCCACCAGCACAUCGUAGGCUUCCACGGCUUUUUCGAGGACAGCGACUUCGUAUUCGUGGUGUUGGAGCUCUGCCGCCGGAGGUCUCUCCUGGAGCUGCACAAGCGGAGGAAAGCACUGACCGAGCCGGAAGCCCGCUACUACCUUCGGCAAAUUGUCCUUGGCUGCCAGUACCUGCACCGAAACCGGGUUAUUCACCGGGACCUCAAGCUGGGCAACCUUUUCCUGAAUGAGGAUCUGGAGGUGAAAAUAGGGGAUUUUGGACUGGCAACCAAAGUGGAAUAUGAUGGGGAACGCAAGAAGACCCUGUGUGGGACUCCUAAUUACAUAGCUCCUGAGGUGCUGAGCAAGAAAGGGCACAGUUUCGAGGUGGAUGUGUGGUCCAUUGGGUGUAUCAUGUAUACAUUGUUAGUGGGCAAACCACCUUUUGAGACCUCUUGCCUCAAAGAGACCUACCUCCGGAUCAAGAAGAACGACUACAGUAUUCCCAAGCACAUCAACCCUGUGGCCGCCUCCCUCAUCCAGAAGAUGCUUCAGACAGAUCCUACUGCCCGUCCCACUAUUCAUGAGCUGCUCAAUGACGAGUUCUUUACCUCUGGCUACAUCCCCGCCCGGCUCCCCAUCACCUGUCUCACCAUUGCACCCCGAUUUUCCAUCGCUCCCAGCAGUCUGGACCCCAGCAGCCGGAAGCCUCUCACAGUCCUCAAUAAAGGCACAGAGAACCCCAUGCCCGAGCGGCCCCGGGAAAAAGAGGAGCCAGUGGUCCGGGAGACCAGUGAGGCGGUUGACUGCCACCUGGGCGACAUGCUGCAGCAGCUACACAGCGUCAAUGCAUCCAAGCCCUCAGAGCGGGGGCUGGUGAGGCAAGAGGAGGCUGAGGAUCCCGCCUGCAUCCCCAUCUUCUGGGUCAGCAAGUGGGUGGACUAUUCGGACAAGUAUGGCCUCGGGUACCAGCUAUGCGACAACAGCGUGGGGGUGCUCUUCAAUGACUCAACACGCCUGAUCCUCUACAAUGACGGCGACAGCCUGCAGUACAUAGAGCGCGAUGGCACAGAGUCCUACCUCACCGUGAGCUCCCAUCCCAACUCCCUCAUGAAGAAGAUCACUCUCCUGAAGUAUUUCCGGAACUACAUGAGUGAACACUUGCUGAAGGCGGGUGCCAACAUCACACCCCGGGAAGGCGAUGAGCUCGCCCGGCUACCCUACCUGCGCACCUGGUUUCGCACCCGCAGUGCCAUCAUCCUGCAUCUCAGCAAUGGCUGUGUGCAGAUCAACUUCUUCCAGGACCAUACCAAACUCAUCCUGUGCCCGCUGAUGGCAGCCGUGACCUACAUCGACGAGAGGCGGGACUUCCGCACGUACCGCCUGAGCCUGCUGGAGGAGUACGGUUGCUCCAAGGAGCUGGCCAGCCGGCUCCGCUACGCCCGCACCAUGGUGGACAAGCUGCUGAGCUCCCGCUCGGCUGCCAACCGUCUCAAGGCCUCCUCGUAGGCCUUCCUCCCCUCCGGACUGGCACCCCUUCUCACCCCCACAGCACCUUGGCCCGCACUGGUUAGCAACCCUCGUGCCGUUUUCUAGAAUGUGUCCCCGGCCCUGGGGGCUGGGGAGAGCUCCACAUCCUUGCUGGUGGGGGUCGCCGUGUUAAGUUAUUUUUGUACAUGUUCGGGUGUGGGUUCUACGGUCUCUUGCCCUUCCCCCUCAGCCCCACCAUAUGCAUUGUACAGAAUACCGCUCUUGAAUCCGGGACUGCCCUUUCCUUGCCUUUAUAUACAUUAAACACAUGUGAAUCUUCUA